CUUCUUACUGUUCCUUGAUAAGGACACAAUAUACAUUCUCUUUAACAAAGCUCUUACUAUAUAUAAACUAGCUACCACUUAACAAAAAAAACUCAAUUUGUUCCUCCCCUGUUCAACUCUCUCCUUUUCUUUCACUUUCUCUCUCAAUUCUUCUUCACUAAAACUAUAAGCUUUAUCAGUUUUUCAACAUCUCCAGUACAGUGCGUUCACGUUAUUGAAAGUUGCAAAUAUACAGACCUACUAGUCGAAGUUUUUGGUGAAGAGUUUUGUUACAAAAAAAAUAGAGCAAAAAAAAGGGCGUUUUUCGUACAUAAUAAUAAUGCCUACAGAACAAACCAAUUGUUCAGAAAGUACUGAAUCUAGCUGUAACUCUUCUUCUUCUUUGCCUUCUUCUAUUGUUCUUCACUCAUUUCCACAAAUCAAUUCGAAAAAUCGACUCAAAAGAUGCAGGGGAGAAAAAGAAGAAGACGAAGAUGUUAAAUAUGGAUCUUCAAAUUGCAAGAUCAGUAAGAACAAUGAUGGAAAUAUUACUCAUAUUCGUAGUACUGAUGUGAAGAAUAACUCAUCAUCGUCAUUGUCAUCAUACGUGGGUGUACGAAUGAGGGCAUGGGGUAAAUGGGUAUCCGAAAUCCGUGAACCCAAAAAGAAAUCACGGAUUUGGUUGGGUACUUUUGCUACCCCGGAAAUGGCGGCGCGUGCUCACGACGUCGCCGCCAUGUCCAUUAAAGGUACCUCAGCUAUACUCAAUUUCCCCCAAUUUGCUCAUUUAUUGCCCCGACCCGCCACAUGCUCCCCACGUGACGUCCAAUCCGCCGCCGUAAAAGCAGCUCACAUGGAUCACCUAAACCCAAAAAACUCUUCCUCCUCCUUAUCCUCGGUGUCCGAACCAUCGACAGCGCCAGAAGAGACGUCAAUAUUGACGUCAUCCUCAUCUUCCCUAUCGUUGGUUUCGGGCAUUACCUCCUCCUCGUCGUGCUCGCAAAACGACGAGGAAUCGAGACCGUUGUCUCCCGAAGAAGAGAUUCUUCCGGAGGCGACGGGACAGCAAGAGGAGCUGAGUGAGAUAGUGGAGCUACCGAGAUUGGGAACGAGUUAUGAAUCGGUUGAGUCAACUCAAGAAGUGCUGAGUUUAUUCGAGCCAGAUGAAUGGUGGGAUAAUUAUAGAAAUUGUGAAUAUUUUUUUGGUGAAGAGAAUUAUAUUAGUAAUAUGGAAUUUACAGGAUUAGAAAAUGUGGUUUCAACUAGUUUUGAGAGUUUUUUAUGGCAACAUUGAAAUAAAAAAAAAUGUUGUUUUUCUGCUAAUCUUUUUCUUUUCUUUUUUAUAAUUAAUUUACACUUUAGUUUUUUUUUAAAAAAUAGGUGGAAAUUAUUGAUGAACUUUAUACGUUUCUUCCAUCUCCAGUUUGCUAUGGUAGUGUUACAGCUAUUGAUCUUCUUUAUGAUCUCAUCUCUUUUUUCAUUUUUUUUAAUGAUUUGAUAUUUGAAAUUAAGUUAGAUAAUAUCUCGAGUAUCUAUUUUUACAAGAUAAAAAUAAAAUUGUGUAUACAUUAUCCUUUCGAACCUUAAUAUAAAUUAGGUUCAAUAAAUAGACUUACCAAGAACUCUCAUUUCAGAUUUCUACUUCUGUCUCUUUAAUGUGGAGAGGACGUGUAGGUGUGAUAUCAAAUUUGUUGUUAUAUUUUUAUUAGAUUAUUGAUUAUUAUUUAUUAUGAUUAGGUGCAACUACAGUAAAAAAAAGGAAGGGCAGUCCAGUAAUUAAGGAUUGUUUUUUGGUCAAUUUUAUAUUUGUAA